AUGGACGUGGGUCUCUCAGGCCUUCCAGUUGUAUCUCAGGGUCGCAGCAAGACCCUGCGGGGCAGGGGCCCGGUCGUGCGGCGGCAGCGUGAGUUCAUGCCGGAAGAGAAGAAGGACACGGUUUACUGGGAGAAGCGGAGGAAGAACAACGAGGCGGCCAAGAGGUCCCGGGAGAAGAGGCGUCUCAAUGACGCGGCCCUCGAGAGCAGGCUGGCCGCGCUGCUGGAGGAGAACGCUCUGCUCAGGGCUGAGCUGUGGGCGCUCAGGCAUCGCUUUGGCCUUCUGCCCUCCAUUGCCGGCUCCCGGACCCUGCCCCUGCAGGCGCUGCUGUGGGAGCCCCCCUGGACUGGAGAGCCGGGUUCGAGGGCUGAGCCACUCCCCUCCCUCCCUGGCUCCCAUGGCUGCCUUUUGAGGCCAUGCGCUUUGGACACUGGGGUUCCAGGAUGCCGGGGCUGCCUGGUGGCUCACAAGUGGACUGGUCUGGCCUCUUCCCCCAGGUGCCCCCAGGACCCUGCUCCCCACACCCCCAAGAGAAUGGACAUGGCCUUGCAGGCUGCCCUCCCAGCUACCUUCUUCAGCUGUCAUCUCCUGGAUGAGCAUGGGGGGACCAGACCGGAGCUCAGGCCCUUCUGGGGGCUAUGGUCACCCAUGGCCUCUGGCUACCAAGCCCCUGGGCCCUCCGAUGUGCUGCUCACGUCCACGGCCGAUCCCAUGCAGCUGCCUCCUGGGAUGGCCUAUCCUGUCCCAGGGAGCGAUCCUGAGGGCCUUCCUCAGCCCUCCCUGCCCCACAAACUGCGUAUCAAGUCCCAAGCCUUGGGCAGAGGACCUCCAGGGUGGGGGAGUGGCCGGGUCCCCCUCUGA